AUGAGUUAUGCAAAUCUGAAACGAAGUUUCCCCAGUAGCAGCACACUAGGGUGACAGCAUUUAGCUUUUCAGAUGUUUCAUUCUGUGUUUAAGUAGCAGCAUCAGGAAGGUUCUAAUAGCGAGGUAUCGCCGACGAAUAACUUCUCCACUGUAAGGGACUGAAGAGCAACGUAUUCGCCAUGUAUGCGCCAAGAGAUUCGCGUUAAGUGGUAAUUAAAGCUGAUAGCUAACUGCUAACAGCUAACAUAGCUAUCUAACCAUUUCGCCGGUACAGGCGGACCUCUUUGUCUGACAGGGGAAGGCGUGCUCUUUUGUUAGGCUCUUCCCUUUGUCCAGUGGGGAAAGAGGAACUGUUGGGUCAGGAUUUUGCAAUUAUCUGCAGUUCUGAAAGUAUUUAGAAAAUGCAAAUCGCGAAAAAAUACUUCACAGAAGGGCUGAUUCAGUUAACGAUCUUACUCAGUUUGAUUGGAGUUCGUGUGGAUAUCGACAGCUACUUAAACGGCUAUUAUACGCCUCUGAUAGAGAUUAACUUGGGUCCUAGCUCAGCCUACAUCCAGACACCCUUUCAUAACCUCAGAGACACUCUUGACGGAUACAGUGUGCAUCCUAAAUGUCCCGAGUUGGACUAUUUCUUUGCAAGUCGCCGGCUACUAGACGAGGUGAGGAGCCUUGGCUCCCCGCGGUUCCCCACACAAUUGAACGCAUGGCUGGUGCACCAAGUGUCUGCCACUGACCAGGCUGACUGUGGGCCUUCAACCAGCAACAACACUGACGGCAGCUCAGGGUUAGAAAGCCCCGGGGACGGAGCCAGGGAUGACAGUGAGCACCUGCCCGACAGAGGCCAAGAGGUGUGCCAAACAACCCCUGAACUCGGACAUGGGCCUUGUAGCGUUGGAGCCUGCGGGUUUCUUAAAGAGGAAAAUGACGCUAAAGUUAAAGAAGAGGAAGAACCUGCUCCACUCACUCAGCUGGCUCUCAGUUCUACACUGGAACAAGAGAGUCUGCUCGAAGGUAUUACUGCACUGUCCGAUCCAGCACGCCACCAUCCUCCUACCAUUGAUAUUGACCAGCACUGGAGCAAUUUACUCUGUCUGUCUGUGACUGACCUUGAUGACUUGGACUCUCUUGUUACGGACACAGACAUCACCAGCGCCAUCAGCCAGGAUGUCAGUUUGCAUGAUGCUAUGGUAGGCACUGCUGGAGCCUUUGGUGUGGCAUCUGAAAGAGGUGAGGCCAGACCAGUCACCCAACAACAAGGAACCCUCUUCCAACUGGAAUCCACAUGCUCCUCACACUCAGACGCGUCACCAGGGAUGGCCCUGGGCCUGGCUGCUCUCCCCUUUGCUUCAGUAUGUAAUUUAACUGGAAAUGAGUCAUCGCAUAGUGCACUGGGUGGCUGUCUGGAUGAGGCAGUAUUUGACCAGAUCAAUCAGCUAGGUUUGGAAGGUCUAGACACUAUGGACACCCAACUGAUGGGCUGUCUGGAGAGCAUAGACCCACAGGUCCUCGAGGACUUGGACUCGGACUCCGGUCUUUCCCUGGAGAGCAGCUCAGGAGGUCCAAUCUCCCCAGGCUCGUCUGAGAUGUCAUCGUCAUCCAGUUCAUACUGUGAGGAUGAGUGUGGAGCAACCGGCUACAGCAGUGAUGUAGAUUCAUUGCCUUCAAAAGGCAUCGUGGACUACACCACAACAUGGUCUCCCGUUGAUCUGAGUGAGAGUGUGUGGCAUGACCACAGCUACUCAUCGCCUGCUCUCUUCAACCAGCCGUCAGUAGCACUCCCCCACAAAGGCAUCAAGGAGGAGCCUCUCAGCGAUGAUGAUGGGCCAAGGUUGGAAGAGAGGGAGCUGAGUCGUGAUGAGCUGCGUGCCCGUGCCAUGUGCAUUCCGUUCUCUGUGCUGCAGAUUGUCAAUAUGCCUGUGGAGGAGUUCCUGGAGGUUCUUGAUGGUCACGGCUUCUCCCCUGAACAGGUGACUCUCCUGAGGGACAUCCGCAGGCGGGGGAAGAAUAAAUUGGCUGCGCAAAACUGCCGCAAACGUAAACUAGAUGCCAUCACAGGGCUCCAGGAGGAGGUGGAAAGGCUGCAAGCUCAGAGAGACAGGCUACUGAGGGAGAAACAGCUUACAGCCAAGACAAUGGGUGCUGUUGGCCAGCAGAUUAAGCAGCUGACUAGAGAUGUCCUGGCCCGGCUGAGGGAUGAUUCAGGACAGCCCCUGAACCCAGAAAGAUUCACCCUGCAGUGCGGGGCUAACGGGAGGGUAGUAGUUCAGCCUGUAAGACGGCCUGCUGUCUCCACAUCAACUGGCAACAAAACGGACAAGAGGAAGAAGGAAAAAAAGCAGUGAUGCAGUAUUGCCAGCUGACACUUGAGCUUUUAGGGUUUGGAUAUUUCUGAACUUACCUUGCCUGACUCUGGUUUUCAGAUCUCCUUUUGUAAAAGUGUGUGUGGAUUCACCGCUGUUGGGAGCCUAAAUCGGCAAAAGUUGCAAAAAGAAAAGAAACUCAGAACAUAAAUACAUAAAAAUUCUCUGUAAAUAAAAUGUCUCAUGGGAAAAAUGUAGCUUACACACUGGAGAUUUUCUGCUCAGUAAAGAUGGACAAGGCACCAGGGGCGGUUUAAGGGAACAGCUAAACUGUAGGCGAUGCAACCAGUCUCUUUGUGCCUGUUAACGUUGAAGUCCUUGAGUCUUGUUGUUUCUACAGAUAAGUGUAGACAACCAGACAUGCUAAAAUUCAACAUGGCCAGCAUUGUGACAGUUACUGGAUAGAAAUCUAGGAGGAGGAUUCUAUUUGUUUGUUUGUUUCCAUGUAAUCUUGCCUCUCGAUGUAUACCUAUUCAGUUUAAGAAGGAGGUUAAAGAUUGUAUUUAUUAAAGUUUCGGAGGUUCCUGAAAUGCUUAUAUACAUCAUUACACUGUCAAGUUUUUUUCACAGUGGAAACUUUAUCUCAAAGUGCUAAGAAUAUUGGAACAUUACCUAAAGUUUACAGAUUUGUUUCAGAUACUGGACGACAUUUACUGUUCAGCAGAAAUUUGAACUGAAACGUUUUAAAAAAAUAGAUUUGUUCUUUUAUUUAUAUGUCUUGAUGACGAACAGUAUACCAAUGAUUAAACUCACAAGGCCUUAA